UUGAGAAGUUUCUUUGGGGACCCGCACAGAAUGGUGCUUGCAGCACUCUGGAGGAAAUGGAGACUGAGAUGGAUUUACUGCAUUUCUUCAAGUUUGGCAAGGGUAUAAACCUUCAAGUCAGCGGGACGGCUCUGGUACCCGCAUGGCCCCUCAGUAUGCCAACAUAGAAGAUGCAUUAACUUUGGCUCCCAGAGCCCUUCAGCGAGAGCCUAUCCUGGGGAGGGGAGAUUUGAAGUCAUUGGCUGCCUGCAGAGUCCCAGGCUCCCCGUGUCCCAUCCAGUCGAGAGCGGGAGAGCGGUCAGGUGACCAAAUGACGCAGCCGCCUCCACUGACAAGAGCUGUCCCAUGUGCCAUGCACAGCGGCCCCACACGUCUCCAGAGGUGCUGGCCGGAGCCCCCGAGGUGGCUGUGAAGUGCAGGACCCCAACCCCUACUGGCAAUGCCACUGCAAACACCACAGAGGCGCAUCUCGCUGCUUUUGGUAACAGCUACUCAGCAGCAACAGGGGGGCGCUGCCAGAAGGGGCUGCUGCUUUGCACCCCCACAAUUCCUGUCCAUGAUUUGGAGGCUGAGGUAGCCUCUCCUUUCAUGACACCCACUUUUGCUACUGAUGUCACCUUGACAUUCAUUCUCAUUGCAGCCACAAGAAAGUCACUGGAAUAACACAGGAAAUGUACUGGGCCUAAACAAUUUUAAGAUGAAAGACAACUGAAGUGUUCAAUGUGUAUGUCACGCCCUCUGAUGCUGAGAUUAGUCCCUUAAUCACCAACGCUGAGGAAAACAGCUCCAUCCAAAGGAGGACUUACGAAGGCAAUCCAGGUUGUUUGGUAACUAAUUAGGACCACCUCCACAAGCAGCAUCGCAGAUCCUCCAGGCAACCCUAGGAACUGUAUAAAAGUGCUCAGGACUCAGUACGCUUCUAAACACUUCUCUGGACUUCAUCUCCUCGGUGAACCGGGUUUACCUCCACCCCAGAAAGAUGACUUUCUCCAGCCUGUCCUAUCCAGAAUGUGGGGUGGCCCGACCCAGUCCAGUUACUGGCAGUGCCAACGAGCCGUGCGUUAGGCAGUGCCCUGACUCCGAAGUGGUGAUCAGCCCCUCACCGGUUGUCGUGACCCUCCCCGGACCAAUUCUCAGCAAUUUCCCUCAGCGGAGUGACGUGGCAGCCGUAGGAGCACCUGUGGUCGGAGCUGGUUUCGGAGGCUCAUUCGGUUUGGGGGGAUUGUACGGCUAUGGAGGCCAUUACGGAGGAUUGUAUGGUUUAGGGAGAUUAGGUGGUUACGGGGGCCUUUACGGUUACAGGGGAUUAUUGGGCCAUGGGGGAUACUAUGGUUACCCGGGCCUUUACGGUUAUGGUGGAUUAUUGGGCUAUGGGGGACACUGCGGUUACCCGGGCCUAUAUGGUUAUGGUGGAUUAUGUGGUUCCGGGAUAUCUUCCCAUAGGUACCUCAAUGGAAGCUUUGGGCCAUGUUAAACCUGCCAGGAAUAUUCAUGGAAGAAGGAAGAAAAAGGAAAUGAACAGCCAGAUACAGAUUCACCCCUGAUCUUUUGGGCAUGGCUUUCAGAAGUGCUGGGCAAACAGGGCUCCAGCUGAAUUCAGUGGAGCUGUGUGUGCUCAGCACCUUGGGCUGAUAGCCAUGCUGCAUUUCUAAUGUUACGCUUUACGAGUCUUUCCGCCAAAGCUUUCUCAACCAUGUGCUGAUGCUUUUAUUUACAUGUGGACUCAUUCUGAAUUACACAAUUCUUUCUGCUCUGUAGUAUUUCUUCCUCUAACUGUG